UGUAGCAUGGCAGGAUGUGCAUUGUGUUGCGGUGUGUGCUUAGGUGCUGCCAAGAGAGCUGACCAAAAAAACAUGCACACUGAGAUCACACAGGGAAUGCCCCUGGAGCUGGGCAUGACUCAGUUGCCAUCUGCUGAUGGUGGUUGCAUCCCAGACCUUGGCAACCAGUCUGUUUCAAGUGCAUUUACAGGAAAAAAACACAUGAAGAAAAGUAAAGUCAGCACAUGUGCAAAGAAAUCUGCUCGCGCUUGGGAACAGGCUACAGCGUCAGAGUUGGCAGAACACAAGAUGAAACUUCUUUUGUUGGAGAUAAGAAAUGCAAAGUUGACUGAGAAUAAACUCAAACUAGAGGUGCUUGUUCAUAAAGCAAGGUUGGAAUAUUACUGCAAAAGAAAUGCAAAUUAUAAAGUUACAGACGGAAAAUAAUGAAGAGGGAUCAUUGACUUUUGUAAAGCUCUGUGCUUUUGAGACUUAGAACUGAACAUUGCUUUAUAGUUAAUACCACUUCUGCUUCAUAUUUGGAAAUUCUUAAUUUGAAUUCUGCUUAUUGGAUUAGUAUAUUGACUGUAGUUUUACAUAAGUCAUUGGCCUUGUAGUGGGAUAAUUAAAGUGUAUUUGUUUGUGUUGUUAUUAAAUGUGUAAACGCACCAAUUGAAGUCAUAUAUAAAAUCUUUUCGUUCAGUGGCCAUUCUUGUUUUUCUGUUGUGCUGUCUUAAAUUCACAAUUUAUUUAUAAUGCAAAGAGUAAUCUGUGCCCAUUGCUGUUUCAUUUCUUUGUGUUCAUAUUCUGAUAUCUUGCAAUGUAAUUUGCUUUGAGGGACAAUUUAAUGGGAGAUAAUGAAGACUUCACAAGGUGUUUCCAUAAUAUUAACACAAUGUAUUCAAUAUGUAAUGCCAUUUUUGACCUACUUUGAAUAUUCAUUCCAUCAGUACAACCCAAGGUUUAUUUAUACUAAAUCUCACUUCACCAAAGCAGAUGUUUAGGGUCUACUGCUGAAUACUCCAUGAGAGAAAGGUUACCAACAUAAAAAUGAAAACAAACUUUUUGAAAACUGAUCAUUUUAGCCAAUGUUACCAUAAUUUAUACCUCCAUCUAGAUGUCUUGAAAGUCCAUAAUUUUGUCAUUUUGUGUGGAGGCAUGACAAAUUGAUAGAAUAUUGGUUGGUGGAAAUGUAUAUAUUUAUAAGAUUGGUAUAACAAAUAAAGUGUUAUUAUUUUGUUAUUUGGCUAAGCAGCCAUAAAGAAUUUCUACAUGCUUUCAAUGAACAUAGAGACCUUUAUCAUAAUUUAGGAUGAGAUAUUACAAUUUCUGAUAGUGGACAUUAGUGUUCUGUUUGACUAUCAUUUCACUUUUGUUUCGAUGUCAUUGCAUCAAAGUUUUGUCUGCUACUUGUCAGAUGUUUAUUAAGUGCUUGAAAUAAAUAAUAAUCACUUGGUGCCAGAUCAGGACUGCAAGUUGUGUUCUAAGAUGUCACUUGAAACUGCAAAAGUUGAUAAGUUGUGAAUAAGUGGAUAGAUUUAUUUGUUGGACAACUGUUUUAAUCAGUUUGUCAUGUUGAAAUGGAUCAUGCAAGCAAUGCUUACUAGUUGGCACAGAAUUACAGCUACAGACAGUGUGGGUUGUUUCAUUUAAAAAGUAUAUUAUGUGAAAACUUACUUUCUUACUGUCUCGUGUACUCUUUAUGCCUUUUAGCUGUGACUGAAUAAAGUGUGUAGACUGGAAUAACA